UUUCGGUGAAAACUUUAUGUUUAACCUUAUGAUAUAAACAAUGUGCAGUGUAAAAUCAUAAUGCCAGUUAAAAAACGUACUUCAUCUGAUACAAAGAAAGGAAAAUCAGCAGUUAGUAAGGCUUCCGAUGGCAGACUUGAUGAAUCUAGUGUUAACAAUGUCAAAAAGAAAGUUGGAAGGCCGAAGAAACCAGAGGGUCCUAAAAAGAAAACACUUGAUACCCGCUGCUCUCCAACUGCCAUUGCGGAUAUGAUGGAGCAUUUAAAAGAUAAAUAUCCGAUCAAAUACCAAGAAGUUGAGAAAAUGAGUUUUGGAUGCCUGAGGCACAUCCCUAAGUGGUCGAUGAACCAAGAUUUGGUUGUCGCCCUGGCACGGUCAUAUAACAAGGAUCGAAUGCUUUUGGAAGUUGAAACCGGAGACAUACCGAUGAAUGCACGAGUGAUAAGUCAAGCAUUGGGACUCCUUGCAAAUGGUAAUACGUAAAAUAUAUAUUUAAUGUAAAGUGCAUAUAUGUUCUCUUUUACAGUGUCUGAUAAGACUAUUGCUAGUUA